CAUGUUUCUCGCGCUGAUCCUCCGCGCUCUUCUCCUUCGCCACCAUGCGCUUACCAGGAGCACCACCACCAUGCACAUCAUGCAGCGCCCUGCCCCGAAGAUUCUUCCGCCGCGACUCUCACUCUCUUGCGCAAUCCGCAGUGGCGGAAGUCCUCCUCAGUCUCCACCACCUCCUCCACCACGACGCCUCUCUGGUCCCUCAAUAGAUGCUUCUUCCGUCGUAGACGCAGGCCCAGAACCCAAGUUCUUUGUCACCAUCCGUCGUAUCAUGGUGGCAUCCCGUGAGCGGAAGGAAGGGGUGGUCAUAGUCGUCCGCGGGCACCCACCAGUCGUUCUGGCAAUUGGUCGUUUUCGUCUCAGGCGCAUAGACCUAACCGAUGUUGUUAGAACGUGGUCGAGCGGGAACGAAAAGGACAAGGGAACAGGGGCACUACGUACGCAACGCCAAUGUAAAUUGAUGCCACCAGUCCGCGAAUUGGGGUUCACUUUGCAGACGUGAGCGCCAUACUCUUGUUCGUUUGCUGUCGCGGGCGGGUAGGGCGUGCUCAGGAGUUGCGGGCGGUAAGGGUUGGUGGUGGAAGCACUUUUCGGCAACAUGCAGAUUGCAGAGACACCGCUCAGGAAGGAAGAGAUGGCGAGGAUGGUUGUUCCACGCAUUGUGCCGGUUGAAAUGGAAGGCCGCUUGGGAG